AUGCCUCGAGAGUCUCACACACAGGCCCUUUUAGGUCCCGAGGUGUUUAAGAAAGUCAGGGAGACGCCCAUCUUGGUAGUCGGAGCUGGAGGCAUCGGGUGCGAGCUGCUGAAGAACCUCGUCCUGGUCGGCUUUGCCAACAUCGAAAUCAUCGACCUAGACACCAUCGACCUUUCCAACCUGAACCGCCAAUUCCUCUUCCGCAAACCCGACAUCAAAAAGUCCAAAUCGCUCGUCGCGUCCGCCUCAGCCCGUCACUUCAACCCCGACUCGGGGAUCAAGAUCCACGCGCGCCACGGGAACGUCAAGGACAGCGCGAAUGAUGUUGAGUGGAUUAAGGGGUUCGGGCUGGUCAUGAAUGCUUUGGACAAUCGGGAGGCUAGAUCACAUGUCAACCGAUUGUGUCAGGCGGGUGGUGUGCCUCUUAUUGAGUCAGGGACAGCUGGAUACCUCGGACAAGUCACUCCAUUCGUCAAGGACAAGACAGAGUGCUUUGACUGUGAGCCCAAGCCCGUGGCGCAGAAGACAUACCCUGUCUGUACGCUCCGCGCGACGCCGAGCGAGCCUAUCCACUGCAUCGUCUGGGCAAAGUCAUACCUCUUCGGCAAGCUGUUUGGGGAGGAUGAUGAAGCAGGAGAUGAGCAGGAGCUGAAUCAAGCCAAAGGGGAAGCCGAGAAUGCGGACGAGAUUGACAACCUGAAGAAGGAAGCUGCUGCGUUCCGGGAAGUCAGGGCGAACAUUGGGGAUGAUGACGGACCGAGGAAGAUGUUUGACAAGGUCUUCAAGGACGACAUCAACCGGCUGUUGGCCAUGGAUGACCUGUGGAACAAGGAGGGACGGGUCAAGCCCACCGCCUUGGACUAUGAGGGAAUCAUGUCUGGCUCUUUCCCUACUCCACCUCUUCGCGCAGCGCCCGCUGCUGCUGCGUCGGCUCCAUCGGCGAACGGGUCGGCCGCUACCGAGCCUAAGAGCAACGGCGCAGCACCUGCUGCCAAUGUUAACAGCGCGCAGCUGCGUGAUCAGCGGGAGCUGUCGCUCAAGGAAAAUGUGGAGCUCCUUAUCGAUAGCUCUCGUCGCUUAUCCGCUCGCACCAUCUCCCACCCCGACACCAUCCUCUCCUUCGACAAGGACGACGAAGACACUCUCGACUUUGUCCUCGCCACCUCCAACCUCCGCUCUGCCGCCUAUGGUAUUCCCCAAAAGACCCGCUUCCAAGUCAAAGAGAUGGCCGGCAACAUCAUCCCCGCUAUCGCCACUACCAACGCGAUCGUCGCCGGCUUUAUCGUCAUGUCCGCCAUCCGCCUCCUUUCGGGCCAGGACGAGGGUAUGCGCAAAGUCUACCUCAAGACCGAGCCAGUCCGGCCUAUCGCAGGCUACGGUCCCAACACCCCCAACAAGUUCUGCGGGGUGUGCAGGGACGUGUACAUACCAUUCAAGGCGGACGUGGCGAGAGUGACGGUGGGCACAUUCGUGGAGGACGUGGUGAAGGGAUGGCUGGAGGAGGGGUUGGAGGGGAAGGGACAAGUGGAAUGGACGGUGAAUGAGGGGUCGCGAAUGUUGGCGGAUCCAGAUAUGGAGGAUCUGUACGAGAAGACGCUGGAGGUGAUGGAUGUGGGCAGGGGGAAGAUGAUCACUGUGUCUGGGGAGAUCAAGCUGGGGGGCGAGGAGGAAUACAAGCCUUUACGGCCGGUUCAUUUCUGCGUGUGCAACCCAUCACCAAACGCCGAGGCGCCGUAUGAGCUGCCGUCCACCACCCCCUCAAUACCCCUCGCGCCGGUCAAGAAGGUCGAUAAAGCCCCUAAGGCCGACUUUGAAAUGCUCGACAACAGUGCAGCGGCGACUGAUGGGGGCAAAGCGGCAGGCAAGAAGCGGGCGGCGGAGGAUGAGCCUGAAGGGGAUGCCAAGCGGAGGAAAGUCCAGGUGUUGGCUGAUGACGACGAUGACGACUUUGAGAUCCUCGACCCAAAAAAGUAG